UGGCGCCAUCUGCAUCAAGGCAACCGAGCUCCAGCAAGAAACUUGAAAACGACUACCCUUGAUAUCACAACUGAUAUCACAAUACGCGACUCGAAUCCCGCAAUGUUAUAACUUUUGCAUAUUAGCGCAUAAUGGCGCUGGAUGGAUCAAGCGGCUAUGUUGCUGCCAGCAGCUGGGCAAAGCUUGCUGACACCGCUACGCCUAUCUUCAAUGUCGAGCGGGUUCAGCUUAAGUUCUCCAUAGCCACGGACUUCGUCGCCGCGCAAGUCGCGAACAACGUUCUUGUUCUUGCUUUAGCGUCGGGGAGGAUUUUACGGAUUGAUCUAGAUAAUGCGGAGGAUAUCGAUGAUAUCGAUCUACCGAAAAAGUCCUCAGAGAUAGGCUUGAUUCGACGCAUGUUCCUCGAUCCCUCGGCUUCACAUCUUAUCAUCACGACUACUCUUGGCGAAAAUUAUUACCUCCACACACAGUCGCGACAACCCAAAGCCCUCCCUCGGUUGAAGGGUGUAUUGAUCGAGAGCAUCGCGUGGAAUCCUUCCUUACCGACUGCUUCGACCAGAGAGAUAUUAGUUGGCGCGACAGAUGGGAACGUCUAUGAGGUUUACAUCGAACCUUUAUCGGAGUUCUACCGGAGGGACGAAAGAUAUGUUAAUUCCGUGUAUAAGAUCCCCGCAUCGGCGGUGACGGGUAUCUGGGUGGGUUCAGUUCCGGGAAAGCAGGAUUACAGAAAUGUUAUACUAUCGUCACACGGGAAGAUAUUAUAUUUCAUGGGACGUGUGGGGAAACAUGGCAAAGAAGGCGGUAGCUCAAUAUAUGCAGACCUUUUCCAUAAAGAGACCCCCCUGGUUUACGAGGUCACAGUCUUAUCCCCGUUGGCGCCUUCGCUCCUUGCAAUGCAACCCGAUCCUCCAGAAGGUGAAUAUGGAGACGAUGAAGAAACCACCGGGAAACAGUUCGCAUGGCUCUCGUCCCAAGGGGUCUUGUACGGCUCAGUUCCGAUAUCAUCGUCAUCGCCAGAGCUGGGAGAUCGUAUUUUUGAUAAAGCCAAACUGCUAGCCCGGUCCGUUCUGCCAGCAUCCGAGUCUUCCAGAGGGGGCCGAAAAUUGAUACAGGACCCUAUAAAAGGGAUGACUUUGACCCAGUGGCAUAUUUUAACUCUGGUCGAAGGUCGCAUCGUGGCAGUCAACCGGCUAAGCGGAGAGAUCGUAUAUGAUCAAGCUGUUCUUGAGCCUGGCGAGGGUACUCUUGGUCUAGUGGCAGACCAAAAGAAAAAUACAUAUUGGCUCUUCGCUGGUAAGGAAAUCUUUGAGAUUGCGGCCAACGAUGAAGACAGAGAUAUAUGGAAGGUAUUUUUGAAAGAGCAGAAAUUCGACGCUGCCCUGCAGUAUGCUCGUGGCUCGGCGCAGAAAGACGCUGUUGCUACAGCAUCGGGUGACCAUCUCGCGAAUAAAGGCCAAUAUCUGGAAGCUGCCGCGGUAUGGGGUAAAAGCAGCAAAAGCUUCGAGGAGGUUUGCCUGACAUUUUUGAAUAAAGGGGAACAGGAUGCUCUAAGAAAAUACCUACUGACACAAAUUUCGACAUAUAAAAAAUCUGCAAUAAUGCAAAGGGCGAUGAUUGCAAACUGGCUUGUUGAAGUUUUCAUGUCCAAACUCAACUCACUCGAUGACACUAUUGCAACGAAAGCGGAGUUGGUGGAAGGGACAAACGCGGGGGAAUCGAAAGAUGCACUCAACGAUGUGCGUGAAGAAUUUCAGGAUUUCGUUAAAAAAUAUAAAGCAGACCUCGAUCCGAAAACUGUAUAUGACAUCGUGGGCAGUCAUGGAAGGGAGGAGGAGCUGCUAUAUUUUGCGAGUGUGACCAACGACUACAAUUUUGUCCUCUCGUACUGGAUCCAGCGAGAGAAAUGGGGUGAAGCUCUCAAUGUGCUUAAGAAGCAGACAAAUCCAGACGUUUUCUACAAGUAUAGCAGCGUUCUCAUGACACACGUUGCUACAGAUCUGGUCGAUAUAUUAAUGAGACAGAUUGAUCUCGACCCUCAAAAGCUCAUUCCUGCCCUUUUAAGUUACAACAACACCACGAAGGUCCCUCUCAGCCAAAACCAAGCCGUUCGUUAUCUGAACUUCAUAAUUGCCAAUCACCCCAACCCAUCAGCAGCAGUACACAACACGCUAAUUUCCAUACAUGCGGCACACCCUUCUCCGUCAGAAGCUGCUUUACUAACAUACCUCUCCUCUCAACCUUCCUCUCCGCCACCGUAUGAUGCCGAUUUUGCGCUCCGCUUAUGCAUCCAGCAUAACCGUGUCCAGUCAUGCGUUCACAUCUAUACUACGAUGUGCCAAUAUCUGCAAGCUGUGGAGCUUGCUCUAAAGCAUAACGACAUUGAACUCGCUGCGUAUGUUGCAGAUCUUCCUGAAGGAAAUGACAAACUUCGCAAGAAGCUAUGGCUCCUCGUAGCCGAGAAAAAAAUCAGGCAACCAGGCACUGGAAUCAAAGAUGCAAUUGAAUUUUUACGCCGCUGUGAACUUCUUCGUAUAGAAGACCUAAUCCCCUUCUUCCCCGAUUUUGUCGUCGUCGACGAUUUCAAGGACGAGAUCUGUACGGCGUUGGAAGACUACUCGCGACACAUCGACUCACUGCGGCAAGAAAUGGAUAAUUCAGCCCAUACAGCAGAACAGAUACGGAAAGAGAUUGCGGCACUUGAUACCCGAUAUGCUAUUGUUGAGCCCGGGGAGAAAUGCUGGAUAUGCUCCUUACCACUGCUUAGUCGACAGUUUUUCGUCUUCCCGUGCCAACAUGCGUUCCACAGCGACUGUCUAGGGAAGAAAGUACUGGACGCGGCGGGGUCCGCGAAGAGGAAGCGCAUUCGCGAUCUCCAGAUCGAAAUGAGCAAGGAGAUAAAUACUGGAGGGAAGAGGGAGAAGGUAAUACGUGAUUUGGACGGGUUGGUCGCUGAAGCUUGUAUUCUUUGUAGCGAAUACGCGAUCAAGCAAAUCGAUGAGCCAUUCAUCAGUGCUACAGAUAAUCUGGAUGAAUGGGCGAUAUGAAGUAUUCUAGUCUGCAAUACUCAAUGAUUGAUUCCUUUCCUGUCUUUCCUUUAUUAACAAUUCUUUUACGUAGCUCGCAAACAUUCCGCCUUCCCAUAUCUAUAUCCAUAUUCCCAUCACUUAACGUGUAUAUACAUCAAUCUACACCUUCAAGAAAUUACAUAUCACCUACUCUCUACUGCUUGUCCCCGUUACAUGGGUAUAACACGCAUGGGCUAAUGGUACCUACAUUUAUGCGUCAUAUCAUACAAAUAUUCCCUUAUUGGAGAAGACUAAUGGCAUGGGAUGGAACGAGAAACUCGUCGUAAGGUGGUCAGAACCUGAGAAGGAAUCAACGGCUUGGUAGUUAGGAGAGAGAGCCCGAACACCAAUGUCAAAGCAGAGAAACGCUUUCCCUAACCGUUUAGUUGCGAUGACUGGAACGUACUGAUAACGUCUUUCUCUCUCGGGUAUAAUUCGCAUUUUCUUCAAACAAAUUCCGCAGACCCGCAGUAAUGCGGCUAUUGAGCAUAGGCGAGCUUGACGGCAUUACCAUGAAAUAUUGUUCAUUUGAACGAAUGACCUUAUGCAUUAUUGCUUUUUCUAAACCAAUCCCCAGGCUCUUGCCGCUGCUCAGUAACUCUGUGUUGGACCAACCAACUCCAUGGAUGCCAGCCCCUUGAUCUCGCCCAAAUAAGGCCAAUGAAUAUUAACUACAGUGAAUUCCAUUUUCAUUGCGUCCAACGAGAUAUGGAGGACGAGAUUGAAG